AUGCGCUUCUUUGGAACAGCCACGGGCGAAUAUGGCCUGCGUAUCAAUGCAUUCGCGAUCAUUUUCGGCGAUCUCGCUAAAGGAGAAGAUGAUGGAGUUGAUACACAUUCAUACAUUGUAGACAAAUUCAGUACUAGGGUGACCUCGACUCGAAGCUCGACCUUCUUGGUUUCUUCCAUUCUUCCUAAGACCUGCCUCGAGCAAAUGUAUCCAAGGGCGCAACAGUUGAAGCGCGACCUGGACCAUUCUACAGAUCCCCCAACCUCGAAUCAGGCACUGCAGGCCACGUCCAGCCGCGGGACCCUUGACGAGAACGAUGAGCAUAACACCAAUCACGAUCAGAGGACGGAACACAACGCAGGCCUCAGCAAGCACGAAACUGUACCACGGCAGGACCUUAUCUUCCAAACCUCUAACGCAGGGAAGCAUAUUGGACCAGAACACCUAUGA